CGGAUAUCAUCGCCACAAGGUAGCUCCCAAGCUAUCCAUAUUGCCGCCCAACGUCGUAGAACGUGCUGGCGUGGCAGUGACAGCGGUGGUCAUUUGAUGAUGCGGAAUUUUCACCCGAUACCUCACCUCCCACUCCGUACUAUUACUGUUCUUCCGGAGUAGGUAUUGACAUGCCUAUCGAGGAACCGGAGCAAAGCGCGCGUUCCGGCGCAGGAUCCCGGUUUUGGUGGGAUGUCAUGUGGAUGGUUGUUGGUUUCUUUGCCCUUUCUGUCAGUCAGGGUUGGGGGAUGAAAUCGGACGUGUUCAAGGUUUAUUUUUCUUUAGUGUUCUGGAAGGUGAUGGUUUGGGGGAUCCUUGUCUUUUUUUUUUUCGUCUCCUUUUUAGGCUUGGGGGUUCCUUUUUUUCUUUAUUGAUUUUAUUUAUCAUGUCCAUAUUUGUUCUUUACUUAUUUACUUAUUAUGCGUUCAUAUA